GGAUAAAAGAUCGUGUAAAAUAAGCUACUGUGCGUUGGAGUGAGCCAAAGAGACUGUUUCCUCUUUGUUACCAUAGAAACCCUCAAACUUAGACUGCUUCAAGUCUUUCUUCUAUACAGCAAUAGUUUUGGUUUACAGAGUAAAACUGCCAGUCCCAUCUUCACUAACUUCAUUCCUAUAAAUACUUGGCUAACAACAACCUUUAUCUUCAUCUCCUUCUUGCUUAUAAUAUUCUUCUUUAUCUGUUCUUUCUCUGCUCUUUACUCUCAGUCUUAUUCAUUCCCUCAUUAGAGUAUUGCGGUAUAUUUGGGUUGUAGAGUAACUAUGGCAACAAUCAAAUUUUGCUUGGUUUUCUUUGUUAGUAUGUCUAUGAUGGUGUCAAUGUCACUGGCGAUGCCAUCACUCAAAGUGGGUUUCUAUCAAUCAACUUGUCCUUCUGCAGAGACCAUUGUGAGAAACACUGUGAACAAAGCUGUGUCAAGUAACCCUGGCCUAGCUGCUGGCCUCAUCAGAAUGCAUUUUCAUGACUGUUUUGUCAGGGGUUGUGAUGCUUCUGUCCUACUUGAUUCAACCCCUGGAAAUCAAGCUGAGAAAGAUAAUCCAGCCAACAAUCCAAGCUUAAGAGGCUUUGAAGUGAUAUUUGAGGCAAAGGCUGAACUUGAAGCUCACUGUCCACAAACAGUCUCAUGCGCAGACAUUGUUGCAUUUGCUGCUCGUGACAGUGCUUACAAAGUUGGAGGCAUAAAUUACAUGGUACCAUCAGGACGCCGUGAUGGCAGGAUAUCACGUGAAGAUGAGCCCAAUCAAAACCUUCCAUUUCCUACCUUCAAUGCUCAGCAACUCGAAGAAAGAUUUGCACAAAAAGGACUUAAUCUUGAUGAAAUGGUGACACUUUCUGGGGCACAUUCCAUUGGAAGGUCACAUUGUUCUUCUUUCUCAAAGCGAUUAUAUAAUUUCAGUGAAACAAAUCCACAUGACCCUUCAAUGGAUCCCAUAUUUGCUAGAGACUUAAAGACCAAGUGUCCACAAAAUGCAAAUAAUGGCAAUGAUCCAACAGUACCAUUUGAUGUAAUUACGCCAUAUAGACUUGAUAGUAAGUAUUAUAAAAAUUUGAAGAAGCGCCGUGGCUUAUUGACCUCUGAUCAAUCUCUUUUGAGUUACCCUUCAACGGUUAGAAUUGUCAAAAAUAAUGCAAGACAUAAUCUAGUAUGGGCAUAUAAGUUUGCAGCAGCUAUGGUAAAAAUGGGUUACAUUGAAGUGCUUACAGGAAGCCAGGGAGAGAUAAGAAAAAAUUGUAGGUUUGUGAAUUAGAUAUAUAUUAUAGGUUUAUUUGUGUGACUAUUGAAACUUUUUUGUAUGAUUUGUUUACAUUUUUGUUUCAUUUUUCUAUGUUGAGAUUCAAGUGUAAAUUCGUUCUUUUGAAAGUUUUUGGGUAAAUUCUGUUGAGACAUUAAUGGGGUAAAUUGGUA